AGGUUCAAAUUGCCCGGAAACAAAUCUCUACACCUAUUUAGCUUUCUUUCAAAUCCCGAGGACACCGCGAGGGUUCUCGAUCAAGGGUUAUCUUUUUUUUCUGUUUUUUCUAAUCCGAAGCGAUCCGUCUUCAAUCUUCAGGGCAGCUAACCAGUUCUCGUAAUUGCUUGAGCGGCAUAGAAGGCAUGUAGGUUGCUGCAUCCUCUGUUAAUUUCAUGGAGAAUUUGCAUCACUCAUAAUGUUACAAUGGACGGGAGGUUCUAGGAGGAAGGUGGCAACUUCAAGGAAAUCAACGCAUAAUAGGCAAAAACAGUAUUUUGAGCAAAGAAAGAGGCAAAGACAGGUUUCUGGCCAAGAAAACUGUGCUAACGGAGGUGACAAGCUGGUCCUCCGCAAUGCUGAACCUCGAUCAUUAGAUAUCGUCAACUUGAUAAAUUUGGCAGUAACUUCUCAGCCAGCUUGUGCAGAACAUACUGCUUCAGUGGAUUCCGGCGUUGCAAAGAUUUCAGAUGAUAGUUUGUUGGGAAAAGUUAGUCGCAAUUUUUCCACGGUUCUUGAAACCAGAUUGGAGCAACAGAAAAAUUUUUCUGACAGCAAUCUUCCUCAAGUCAGUGGAAAUGAUUCUUAUCAAUGCACCGAGAAUGUGAAUAAAUAUAAGAUGCCCGGUUCCAUUUCAGAUCAUACUUCCACCUGGAAGGAUGACACAUUCAAGGAAAAGCCUCGAAUUGAGGCUACUGUUCUUGAUUUACUUGGUGAUGAUGGGCCAUCUUCAAAUGGAAGAUCAAUUCCUGAAACUCAUGUAGCACUUUCAGUGGAUGGUCUUGGAAAAAUAGGGUGUCAAACUCCUGCUCAUUCACCAAGAAUGCAGAAUAGAUUCUCCUGCAAGGGCAUUUCUAUGGAAUCAAAAGCGUCAAGGCAGGUUCGUUCAACAUCAGCCCUACAGUCCAUUUAUGAUGGCUGUAAUGAGGAACUGGAUGAAAUGAUUGAUGACUUCAGGGUAUCACCAUUAUGCAAUAAGAGUGGCACAUGGGCUUAUAAUACUAAAGCGACUCUUAAAUCCAGAGUAGGACCAGUGCCUCCAUAUUGCCAUGAGGAUCAAGUUGAUAAAAUCACUUUUACGGGAAAAGAUUUUGAUGCAUGCUUAUUGGCCUCAAAUGAGAAGCAUUCAAAUGAUAGCUUUGGAUAUUUGGAAAAGCAAUUCAUUGGGAAAAACUAUGAUGCUUCAUCUCAUAAUCAAAGAUUUUCUUUUGUGGGACAUCCCUUCCAGAGCUCCACUACCAAGAAGUUCGAAAAAUAUGAAGCCUCUGACGUGGGUGUUAGAGAUACCUUUCUAGGAAGCAGCAGGAAUUUGUGGGAAGGGGGCGAAAUAUUUGAGGCUUCAGUUAUUUGGAGGCCAGCAACUUCUGCACCUCACUUUAGGCAUUCAUCGUCAGAAAAAGAGAGCACAUCGUUUAUCUGGGAAAGUGAUGAUACGAAUGCUGAUGGGAUGUUCAAACUACCUACCUUGGGCUUUUUAUCAACAAAACAUUCUGAAGAUUACGAAAGUAUAUUAAGCGAAGAUUUAAACUCCAAUGCAGCGAGGAAGAAAAGCAGUCUAAAUUUUGGGAUCCAUUCCAUGAAACUGGGGGAAAACAAAAGAAACUCCAGUGAUGAGUUUUAUACGUGUUCAGGGGAAGGGAAAUUUAUGGAAAACUUUUCUCAAAUUAAAAACAUAUUCACUGGGUUUGAUGAUGAAAUUUGGGGAAAAAAAGAAAAGGGCAACAAUGCAUUUGAAAAGUCAGACGUUGAGAACAUAUUUUUACCGGGACAAGUUUCUCCAUCUGAUGACCCCUUCAACAACUUCACAAUGAGAAGCACGACAUCCUCUGGUAACGAAGCCAUGCUUCGAGAUGACCAUUUUGAUAUGUUCCCCCCGCCCCAGUCCAAUUUUAAAGUUCCUUUUGAGUGCGAAGGCACGAAUAAUUUCAUCAAUCAGAAUGAAAUGUUCGGAAAGAAGAUGGCUUUUGAGUUCAAUUCGCAGAUACCAAUGAAGCCUUCAACAAAAGCUAAAAGCUUCGGUCAGUAUUCUUCAAAUCGUGGAGACUUCUUCAAAGAAACUCAUUGUACUCAUCUGCCUAAAUAUCAGGAGUAUAAUGAAGAUAGAGGUAGUUCUGGAAAGCCACCGGUAAAGGACUAUGAAAAGAGAUCCACAUCUUCAGGAAAUGCUGAAAGUGCCGCUGGGGAAGAAACUUUGAGCAAAGUUAGUGAACAUGAGGAAUCAAAGAAUGAAAUUCCAGUACCUUUUGAUAGUCAAAGGGUUGUAAAUUCCCACGAGGAAACUGAAGUAAUUCCAACUGUGAUGGAGGAACUUCCUACUCAGAUACAGAAGUAUGUGCAUAGUAAACUUAAUCAAUUUCAAGGACGUUCACCAGUAGCACCCCAUCCAUGCAACGAAGAAUCUAAAGCAACGUUAGAACCUGAAACCAAGGAAGUUCAUAGUGAAUGUGGUGGUAAUGGUGACGCAUCUUAUCAAGUUAUGCUUCAAAGCUAUGUGCUUCAACUUCUAUGUGUGCAAAAGGUACUCUUGGAAGCUUCUGAAAAGGAUAUAAAGAAGGUAUAACGUAGCUUUUGUUUUGUUAUUUCUUUUUUUUUUUUU